AUGGCCACCUCUUUCUUGUUGCCUUUGGAACUCAUGCUUCUAAUUACAUUAAACAUCUUCUUCAUGCUCACCUCAUCUGCACCACUAACCGAUCUCACCACCGAUCGAGAUGCUCUUCUCACGUUCAAAAAAGCCAUAACUGUCGACACACGUGGCGCGUUGAGCAAGAAAUGGCUCACCAACACUUCCAUCUGUGACUGGGCCGGCGCCUCGUGUGGCAUCAAACACCAAAGAGUCACAGCCCUCGAUCUGUCCAACUUCGGCCUCCAUGGAAGCCUCUCUCCACAUCUCGGAAACCUAACCUUUCUCCAGUCCUUGGACGUCAGCUCCAACAAUUUCACAGGCGUCUUACCAGCUGAGCUAUCUAAACUACGCCAUUUGAAGAUAGUAAACGCGACAUGCAACAACUUCAGUGGAGAAAUACCGAGAGGUAUCCUUACAAACAUGUCGGUAUUGGAAUAUAUUGAUCUGAGGUUUAACAACCUAUCGGGCACUCUCCCAAGAGAUAUAUGCAAUAACACUCCGAAACUGAAGAGAUUAUCUCUCAUAACGAAUCAAAUAUCUGGAAAAAUUCCAAGGAGUAUACACAAGUGCAGCAAGAUGGAGGAGUUGAGCUUGUCGACAAAUAUGUUCAAUGGCAACAUACCAACCGAAGUUGGGAAUCUUACCAUGCUUACACUUCUAUCUAUAGAUGAUAAUGAUCUCCAAGGAAAUAUUCCAUCGUCUAACUUCAACGUUUCGCGUUUGAAAUUCAUAUACAUCGAUGGCAAUGACCUGUCUGGAAGCAUACCCAAAAAUUUGGAUAAUUUACUCAACCUCAAGUGUUGCGUCUUAGCAACAACAACUUAA